AAAAAUAAGAUGAGUUCACCGGAAUUAAUGAGCCCAGAAGGCUCUCAAACCUCGUCAUCGUCUAGACGAAGCAAUUUUGGAACUCCUACGGCGCGUAAACAGGCACUACGAAGUGUUUUAGAUAAAACACAAAGCUUACAAAAUCAUGCUAAUUCGAAUGCAACACUUGGAAUCUUGGAAAAUGUUUUCCAGGAAGCAGAUCAAAUUCAUGAUGACAUUUCUAUGGAGGAAAAAAUCAGCAAUCAGGAUGAAGUGGUGAUGGACUCGGAAUUGAUGAGCGUGUCGUCAAAAGUCAUAAAGUCUUGCACCCAAGUCCUGACCAAGGAGUACAACACGUUCAGCAGCAUGGAGUUUGCUCAUAAAUUGAUGGAGUACGUCCAGCAAUUGCCGGACACGACGGUCGCGGAUGUCAACUGGUCGAUGCUGCGGAAGGAUGUUCCGGCGUUCAAAGCCACCGCGACUUACGUGAACCUGCUGAACAAGAUAAUGCGCGUCGGUGAGAGGAGAAACAAGCGCGACAAGAACGGCAGCGGCGACAACAGUUUGAAUGACAGCGGAAGCAACGACGAAGCAAGACCCAAGGGCUCGGUUAAGACUGAAAAUAUACUGAGCAGCCAGAGGCGCAAUGCCUACGCCGAACAGCAUGCCGCGAAAAUGAAUCGCACGAGAUUGAACGACCCGAAUGUGACCACCACGCGUCCCGAUAACGUUAUCCAAGUCGAGGGCGACGCUGACAACGACGGCAACAAACCGAUUCUUGAUAAUCUUCGCAAGCUCAUCAGGAAAGUUUAUAAAGACAACGGGAAGCAGCAGCCUAUUGAUUAUUUCAAGCUCAUCCUCGAUCCCGGUGACUUUGGAAAAACCAUUGAAAAUAUGCUCCACGUCGCUUUCCUCGCCAAAGACGGAUUCAUUCGAUUUAGAACUGACGGAGGUGAAAAUUUGACCAUCAUCCCUUCAACCAAAGCUCAGAUAGAAGAAUACGAGGCUAACAAAAAUUGCGUAGCUCAUCACCAAAAUGUGCAUUAUUUAGACAUGGAAACCUGGCGGGCAUUGAAGGACAAGUACCGUGUCUCUCGUCCAAUGAUUGACUUCGACUGA